AUGGGUUGUAUGAUAUGCGGUGCAAUAUAUAUAACUUAUACUUACUUCUCCAAACAAGGUUUAAUAUUAAUUGUUCUCAUGUAUCAAUAUCGUCCAGCAUAUCGUUAUCGAGUACGCUAUCCUCAUCUUAUUCGACGGCAUCCACGAUUAACUCCGAAAGAAAAACGUUGGCGUCGUAAAUGGCCUUAUGUAAUUACUUUAAUAUUAGCAACAUUUAUGCUUCUCUUAACUAUAAUCAUUUUUGCACUUGAAAUUGCAAGUUUAUCAAUAGAUAGUUCUAAUACAUUAUCGAAUACUGCUUCAACAGGAGCAGGUAUAUGGUGUUCAAUAAGCUUUUUUAUUGCUAUUGCAUUUAUGUAUCUUCUUGUAUUCAUCUAUAAUUGUUCACAUCUUUGGGCAACUUUUACUUUAGCAACACAUUCAAUUGCAUUUAUUUUUAUUUGUAUUUUAAUUGGUUUGGAUGCAAAUGCAGUUACUCCAUAUAAUACAAUGAUAAGUACAGCUCCAACUAAAAUUCAAGUUCUUAAAGCACAAUUAGCCAUGUCUAUUCUAAUGCUGCUAUUUCCCAUAUUAUUUCUAUCAAUUUAUAUUUAUACAGCGUUCGUAAUUCUUCUUCCUCGUCGUCGUGCACAUGUAAAUUUAGUUUAUCCACCUGUUUCAUAUCCAGCAAGACUUGUCAAAUAUUAA